AUGAGCACUGUCGAGAAUACAGCUGUCAAACGGGAGUUUGAAGAAACUUCUGAUGAAAGUGUAGCUAUUAAUAACAACAAUGGUAACUUAAUGAAGAGACAAGUUAUUGUCCCCGUUACAAAACCCCGCAUCCAUUAUACACCUCUUAAAACUGGUCUUUGUUAUGACGUUAAAAUGAGAUACCAUGCAAAGAUAUUCACCUCGUACUUUGAGUAUAUUGACCCACAUCCAGAGGAUCCUCGUCGUAUCUAUCGUAUCUAUAAGAUCCUAGCUGAAAAUGGGCUGAUUAAUGACCCUAUGUUAAGUGGUGUAGACGAGAUUGGGGACCUUAUGUUGAAGAUCCCAGUGAGAGAGGCUACAAGAUCUGAGAUUCUGGAGGUGCACUCCAAAGAACAUUUAGAUUUUCUUGAAAAGACUGAACAAAUGUCUCGGGAAGAACUUUUAAAAGAAACGGAAAAGGGAGAUUCUGUUUAUUAUAACAAUGAUUCUCUGUCAAGUGCUAAAUCAUCAUGUGGUGGUGCGAUUGAAGCAUGUAAAUCUGUCGUAGAGGGGAGAGUAAAGAAUGCCCUGGCAGUAGUGAGACCCCCAGGUCAUCAUUCAGAACCUGAGUCAUCAGGUGGAUUCUGUUUAUUCAGUAAUGUUGCAGUGGCAGCUAAAAACAUCCUUAAGAGUUACCCCGAGAGUGUUCGUAGAAUUAUGAUUCUCGAUUGGGAUAUUCAUCAUGGUAAUGGUACUCAAAAGGCGUUUUAUAAUGAUGACCGUGUUCUAUAUGUCUCCUUACAUAGAUUUGAACUUGGGAAAUAUUAUCCUGGUACCGUCCAUGGUCAAUAUGAUCAAACUGGUGAAGGUAAAGGUGAAGGUUUUAAUUGUAAUAUCACAUGGCCUAUUGGGAACGUCGGGGACGCUGAAUAUAUGUGGGCUUUUGAACAGAUUGUAAUGCCUAUGGGUCGUGAGUUCCAACCUGAUUUAGUAAUAAUUUCUUCCGGGUUCGACGCUGCUGAUGGUGACACAAUUGGUCAAUGUCAUGUUACUCCAAGCUGUUACGGACAUAUGACCCACAUGUUGAAAUCUUUGGCAAGAGGUAAUCUGGCUGUCAUUCUAGAAGGUGGUUACAACUUGGAUUCCAUUGCUAAGAGUGCUCUUGCUGUGGCAAAAGUAUUAGUCGGUGAACCACCAGAUGAAUUACCCGAACCAUCCAAGGAUACUAAACCAGAAGCAUUAGAAAUGGUAGAUAAGAUUAUCAGAUUACAAUCCAAAUACUGGAAAUGUUUCAAAAGGAAUUGUGGGAACGCAGGUUGCGAGUUUAAGGAACCAGUAACCGAAAAUAUAAUAUCCAAGAAUUUCCCCUUACAGACUGCUAUUCGUCAGCAACAAUUACAAAAUUUAUUAUUAGAUAAUUAUAAAUUUGUCACCUUGCCCCUAGUAAAUCAAAAAUUAUCAGAGGACACAGUCUUUUGUUCUCAAAAUGUCUACGAUGCCUCUACUUUACUGAUAGUGGUUCAUGAUACACCAGAUAUAUGGGCUGCUAGAAAUGUCAUAACGGGAACCAUUGAACCUUCAUCCUCGAUCAUUGUUGAUAGUGGAUUACAAUUUAUUAAAUGGGCUGUCAAAAGAAACUAUGGAGUUAUGGAUAUCAACAUCCCACAAUCGCUCUUUGAACAAGACAAUUAUUCUGCAAUGAUUACAGCUCAAGAAGUGUUAUUAUACCUGUGGGAUAAUUACAUCAAAUUUUCAACAGAUGUUCAAAAAAUUGCAUUCGUUGGUAUCGGUGAUGCAAGUUCGGGGAUUAUACACUUAAUGGGUCACAGAGACACUAGAAAUAAUGUUAAAGCGAUUAUAUCGUUUAUAGGUAGUAAACAAUUGAAACCAUUGGUUCCAUUAGUUGAUGAAUCCUUAACUGAUUGGUACUUUAAAAAUUCACUAGUAUUUUCUGAUAAAAAUCAUUCAUGUUGGGGUGAUAACGAAAAUAAGAAACCCCGUAAGAAAUAUGGUAGAGUAUUGAGAUGCGAGACAGACGGGAUUAAUAAUAUAGUUGAAGAAAGAUUUGAAGAGGCAACUGAUUUCAUCCUUGAUUCUUUUGAAGAAUGGAGUGAUAGUGAGUGA